GAACAGCUAACAUUCUGCAUCAACACUUCUUUUCCUGAAAGCGUGUAUGUGAUCAGUUUGAGGAACAGGAUAAGCAACUACAAACAGCCCGCCUCUUUAUGUAGAAAGCAGCCUUACUGAAGCACAGUUCAUUGUGGACAUUGCAGAGCUUCAGUCACACUCACCAUGAAGAACUUUACCUUGAUAACAGCUUUAAGUCUCUGCAGCUUCAGCUGGAUCUCUGUCUCAGGUUCUGAGUCUCAGACUGUGGAGGUUCAGCCUGGUGAAAAUGUCACACUGCUGUGCUCCAACAUUUCCAAAAGUCCAAAUCAGACAGACUGGUUCAGAGUGACCAAGAGAACCAAACCCAGCUGUAUCUCCUCUAUGUACGGAUCUGAUAAAGACGUUUCAUUCUGUGAUGGAUUUCAAAAUGGAAAAUUUAAAAUGAGCUCCAACGUCUCCACUGUUUUUCUUCAAAUCAAGCGAGUGAAUUUAUCUGACUCUGGACUGUAUUUCUGUGGAUUUUACAUAAACAGAAGCAUAGUCAUUUCCACUGCAACACGUUUAAAAGUUAAAGGUGAUGGUGAAUCAGAUGAUCUAGUGGAUCGUAACACUCAAAUAGAGGAGCCUGAUGGAAUAACAACCCUAUUGAGUGUGAUCCUGGGUGGUCAGACUAUUGUCCUCACUAUAGUCAUCAUUGUUCUGGCUUAUGAAAUGAGGAAACUUGAGAAGGCUGUGAAAGAAGAAGCGCAGCCAGAAAGAAACAAGAAUCUGGACUCAGAUGACCUGAACUACACAGCUCUACGUUUCCAGGCGAAACCAAAAAGAAACCACAGACCUGCACCAGAGAGAGAGCUGGAGCCACAUGUUGUGUAUGCUGCCACCAGAUAGACUCAACUGGGACUGUAGCUCUGAGUGGAACUGAUGCUUUAUAACAUUAAUCUGCUGUUGUGUUUUUGUGUGUGAGUAGUGGUUGGA